AUGUUCAAAUCAAUAUCGCCAGAAGUUAAGGAUAUAAAAGAAAUAAGACCCAUGGAUCCCAUAACCAUCGACCCUUUGAUGGAACCACGGAUGGAACCCAGAAUGGAACCUUUAAUGGAACCAUUAAUGGAACCAAUGAUUGAACCAAUGGAACCACCACUCCCUUCAAUCAAUCAAAGCUUAAAAGCUAAAAGUUUGGAGGACAUAAAGAAUCAAUGUUCUGAAUUAAUAAGUGAAUUGGAUAGUGACGACAACCCCGAAGCUAUCGUCAAGAAACAUAUUGGAAAAUUAAAGAAAUAUAACGAACUUAGAGAUAUUGCAUUAGGUUUAGUAACUAUGAUAGCUGAUCAAAGGAAAUUAAGAACCACCGACAUUCUAGAAGAAAUGAAAGUUGAAUUAGGUGAUGAUAAUUGA